UCGAAAUUUUUAUAUCUGCGAGGUCGCAAUGAAAGCUAAAGCCGUUAAAGAUGAAGUGUUGGACUUUCACUCGUUGACCAGGAUCCGGGGCUUGGAAUGGUUGGAGCUACGGAAAAAAUGUAGAGACUUGAAGUUGGAAGGAAUUGUGGAUCGCCACCGAGUACGCUCUGCUGUAUUUAAUUUUACUCGAUUUAUUAUAUUUAUGGAAAUGUUGUUGGCUUCUCAUAUUAUAAUGGCGGUUGUCAUGAUAAAGGAUCUGGAACUGAUUACUCUGCUGCCCGAAAUGAUAUUGAUGGUCAUUAUGCCACUUUUUUUGAUGUUAAGCCUUCGAGACAAUGAAACCUACUACAUCAUCCACUUUAUCUGCAGUUGGGUUACGGGGCUCUUGCUUUCUUUAAUGGACAUUGUAGUGGUCAUUUGUCAGAAGCCACGGUUUCCGGUGGUACCAUGCUACGAUCAUCUAGUACUUCUCUCGGUCUACACGAUGCUGCCCAUUGCCUACCAGGGCUACAAUAGUGUCUAUCUCGGCGCGGCAGUAUCCAUGAUCUAUAUCACCUAUGUUGCCUGGUCGGUCGACACCAGGGAAUCAUCAGUGGCUGCGCUCAUUGCAUAUGCAUCGUACCUAUUUUUUAUCAACCUGGUUCUGGUAUUUUUUGUUUGCGCCAGGGAGUAUAGGUUUUUACGGGUCAUACUGACACGGUAUCAGAUGGUCUUCCAGAACUUGGCUCUAAAGGCGGUCAUGAAGAAAGAGAAGGACCUGCUGGAGUCCAUUCUUCCACGUACCAUGGUGCGUACCCUUCAAGAGGAUGUCAAGAGCCGUCUCCAAGACGACGAUGACUUUCCACGUCGUAGUUCCUUUACACGAAAACUAUUCAUCGAGCCCUUCCCGGAAGUUUCCAUUCUGGUAGCGGACAUGGUAAACUAUACGUAUCUAACCACGACUUUGGAGGUGUCUGAUCUGGUGGAGAUCCUGCACGAGCUAUUCGUCAACUAUGACUUGGCAGCCAAAAAAAAUAGGUCGCUUCGCAUAAAGUUCCUGGGCGAUGCCUACAACUGUGUAGCUGGCAUCCCCGUCUUCUUUCCCAACCACGCCAAUAGCUGCGUGGACCAGGCUCUGGAGAUGAUCAGUAUUACGAAGGACCUGAGCCACCGGCGCCAUUUGAGCAUCAAUCUGCGCAUCGGAGUGCACUCCGGAGAGUUGCUGGCGGGGAUCAUCGGGCGGAUUAGGUGGCAGUUCGACAUCUGGUCGAAGGACGUCGAUAUCACCAAUCGCCUGGAAGGAUCUGGACGUCCCGGAAUGGUGCACGUGUCGGCGCGGACGUUGAGGCUGCUGGACGAUCAGUAUUUGUUCGAGGAGGGCACCGAACAGGCCAGGCAGGACCCGAUUUUGAAAAAGGCACAGGUCCACACAUACCUAAUCAGCGGACGAGUGAGCGACCAUGAUUUUGAAUUUUCGGAUCCGGAGGAAGAGGUCGUCAGCAGCUCCUCGGUAACCUCAUAUCGCUUCAGCCUGGGCGACAUUUACGAUGACAUCGAGACGAAGACGAUGCGCGAAAUGGUCCACGAGGUGGAGAAACUGCCAGUUGGACGAGACGACCUAUGCAACUGCACCGACAGGAGCGAUGCCAUUGAAAAGCUUACCGAACGGUUUAUGUUCAACGGACAGGUGCACUUCCUUAUUCCGGUAUUUCGCAGCUGGAAGCGGGAGAAGAGGUUCCACAACCAACCGGACUAUCUUAUCACGUACAGCAUGACGCUGAUGUUCCUGGCUGGGCUGGUAAUAUUUCUAAUGGGCAUUGUCGACGGCACCAGUACUGAGCGCCUACCGGUAUUUUUUGGUUUGCUGGUGGCUCUGUUUCUCUUGUGUUUGGUAGCCGUCUACAAGAAGCUGUGGCUCCAAACCCAGCGAAACCCCGCAUCGGAAUAUCCCACGGCCUUCUUCAGCUUGUGCCUCUUUAAGCUUUCCCAGCUCGCGGAGUAUGCUUGGUACUUUCGGUCGGCACUCGUCAUUCAAGGAGUGAUCCUUCUCUACUUUCUGGCGACUUUGCGAGUGUAUUCCUGUGACAUUGCCCAGCUGGAGGUGGACAUUAUCGUGACCAAUCUAGUGAAUGAAAAUCCUAUAAGCACUUGCUUUAUGCCCUGGUCUGUGACCUAUGGCGUAACGAUAAUACUCUUCCUCCUUCUCAUCAUUGACGGAUUUCCGUUCUUCCUUACGCUGAUAGUGAGUGCCAUUCUGGUGGCCUCCCACUUCUGCACCAUCCACACCUUCUACGGGCUGGCCUUCGAGCGCUCGGAAUCCACCGUCGAGGGACUGAGGUCGGAUUACGCCCACACGUGGUACCUGUUAACCUUUUUUGUAAUUUAUGCGCUCCUGGGACGUCACAUGGCUUACAUCAAGAAGUCCUGUUUUUUCAUGCGCCUCAGGUACGAGGAAAAGAUGAAGGAAACCACCUAUAGGACCCACUCGAUAAAGAUCAUCAUGGCCAACAUGCUGCCCUCGCAUGUGGCCGAGGUUUUUAAGGAACGCCAGCGCCACGAUGAGCUCUACUAUGAGAACUUUGACAAGGUGGCCGUGAUGUUCGCCACCAUAGAGCAGGGUGUGGAGGACGUGAUGGGUCUGCGAGCACUGCACGAGUUCAUUUGCUUCUUCGACGAUCUACUCGCCACCUACCAGAAUAAGUACAAAAUCGAAAAGAUAAAGGUGAUGGGCUGGACGUACAUGGUGGCCUGUGGCUUGGAGGUAGACCACAGCGCGGAUCCACCGCUACACAUUCCAGAGCUGUCCGAGCUAAGCUCCGAGUCUCGACGGCGCUCCACCGUGAGCUUUCGAUUGGGGUCAAUUGAGUCGGGUAAUGCUUCCUCAGAGCACACCCAGUCCAAAUGGGAUCACGAUGAGGACGAUAUGGCAGUCGUUGUGAUGGCAGAUUUUGCUCUGGGCCUGCUGCGGGUAAUGCGGAAGAUUGAGGAUGCCCUGAAGGGUAACCUUAAAAUAGGCAUCGCACACGGUUCCGUAAUGGCCGGCGUGGUAGGACUAUCAAAGCCCUACUACGACAUCUGGGGACACACCGUCAACAUGGCCUCCCGAAUGACCACCACCGGAGUUCUCAACGAAAUCCACGUAACCCUGGGUACUGCAUUCGUUCUGCGGCGCUUCAAUAUUCGCUGCAACUACCGUGGAAUGACAUUUGUAAAGGGAUUGGGAGAGGUGCCCACUUUCUUGGUUGGUUUGAAUGAAGACCUCGAGUUCCAGCCCAACCACAAUCCAGAUCCAAACCACAGCGACGACAUGCUUUUUGAAAAACUAAGCCUGAGAUUCGCGCCCAGCUUCGUUGGCACUUAUUCGCCCAGCUCGGGAGUUGGCUUAGAUGAGGGGAUGGAGGAGUUGGAUGAGGAGUUGGGCGAGGAGUUGGAUGGAGUCGAGUCGAAGGAGACAGAACGUCUGACUGGGGGGAGUAUUAGCUGUGAGGGUGAAUGUUAG